ACCCUAGAUCGCUCCCACCCUUCUUUCUAGGGUUCUCCAAUCCCUCAUCGCUUCUGCUUCUAAAAAAAAUGGGGGUCGACAUUUUCGCCGUCUCCGACCCCAACGUCAACGACGAAGAUCUAUCCAAGAUCGAAAUCGACAAAGAAUUCGCCCGCAGAUUCGAGCACAACAAGAAGCGCGAGGAUCUCCAGCGGUUCGAGGAGCUCAAAAAGAAAGGCGUCGUCGCUUCCUCCUCCGACGAUUCCUCCGACGACGAGUCCUUAUCCUCCGACGACGAGCCGCAGAAGGAUCUCAAGUUCUACGACGCCCUCGUUAAAGUCAAGAAGCAAGAUCCGAUCUUGAAUCAGAAGGACGCGAAGCUGUUUGAAUCCUCAUCGGAUGAUGAGGAUAGCCAUGGCGAAUCGAGUAAGAGGAAGAAGAAGGAGAAGCCGAUGUAUUUGAAGGAUGUGAAUUAUAAGUAUUUGACCGAAGAGGGGCCUGAGUUUGGUGUCGAAAAAUUGAAUCCAAAAGUUUAUAAUGAGGAUCAGGCUGAGAACAUUAAGGCUUUUUUUGAAGCAGAGAAGGGGGCUUUUGGGUCGGACGAUGAUGGGGAUAUAAUUAAGGAGAAGGUGAGGAAUGGGGAUGAGAUGGAGGAGGAUGAGAAUGCUGGAGAGAUACAGAAGAAGUUGGAUGAGUAUUUUGGUGAAGAUGAUAAUUUGAAUAAGGAUGAUAUGUUUUUAAAGAACUAUUUGCUUAAUAAGAUGUGGGUUGAUAAGGAGAAGGAGAAAAAGCUGAUUCUUGAAGAUAUUGGGGUUUCAGAGGAUGAGGAUGAGCUCGAGAAGCAGGAUAAGUAUGAAGCCGAGUAUAAUUUCCGCCAUGAGGAGGUUGAAGGUGAUAGGAUUUUAGGGCAUGCGAGGUUUACUGAGGGGUCAGUGAGGAAGAAAACCAGUAGUAGGAAAGCGCAGAGGAAGAGUAAAGAGGAGAGAAUGGCGCAGGCGGAGUUUGAGAGGAAGGAGGAGUUGAAGCAUUUGAAGAAUUUGAAGAAGAAAGAGAUUCAGGAGAAGUUGGAGAAAGUGCGGGCAAUUGCAGGGUUUGGAGAUGAUGGGGAAUGCAAGUUGGGUGCUGAUGAUUUGGAGGAAGAUUUUGAUCCUGAGGAGUAUGACAAGAAGAUGAAAGAGAUGUUUGGUGUGGAUUACUAUGGUGCCGAAGAUGCUGAUCCUGGGUUUGGCAGUGGUGAUGAGUGUGACUUGGAGAAGCCCGAUUUUGGUAAGGAGGAUGAAUUGCUUGGGCUUCCUAAAGAUUGGGAUGUUGGGGGUUCAAAUGAGGGGUUUGAAGCGACGAGAGAACGGAUUUUGAAGCAACAGGAGGAGGAAGAAGAACUGGAGAAAGGAGAGAGUAAGAGAAAGAGAAAAAGGAAGAUCACUCUUAAGGAGAAAGUUGAGCUUGAUAAGGAGUUGGAAGAGUACUAUAAAUUAGAUUAUGAAGACACUAUUGGAGACCUUAAGACACGAUUCAAAUAUAAGCAAGUUCCAGCUAAUAAAUUUGGAUUGGGUGCAGAAGAGAUUUUGAUAGCAGAUGAUAAGGAUUUGAAUCAGUAUGUUUCUUUAAAGAAGUUAGCUCCGUAUAGAGAGAAAGAAUGGAAGGUGACAUAUCACCAGAAGUUGAAGAAGAGUUCAAUUCUUCUGGGAGAAACAUCAAAUGACAGUAAGAAAAGUAAGAAGCAUGAGAUGAAGUCAGAUUCUGAUGUAGCAGGAGCAAGAAACGAAAGAGAAGAAAGUGAGGAACCAAAUGGUGAUGCAAAUACCAUGUCUAGGCGAAUGAAGAGAAGACGUAGGCAAGCUGAAUUGAAACUAUCAAGAUCAAGGCUCAUCGCCUAUGGAAAGAUCCCCUCCAAACCCCAGAAAAAGAAAUCCUGAUGGAAUUUAAGGCAUUAGUAUGAAAAGAGCUUGAGAGAUUGCUUGCAAGGAAGAAGGCAAGAGAGAACUCGGCGAGUUACUUGUAGCAAUGUAACCAUGUUUUACGUCCAGCGGGGAAAAGACGUGCAGCCCAAUUUUGACAGCAGAACCCAUAAUUUAUGCUUUUGUUGUUGUAGUGACAUCUGUGAUAGGAUCAAGGCUUUUUAGCCCAAGUUGUGUUCUUUAACUGUUUAUUUUUGACAGUAUAUAUUAAUAGUUACUGUGGCUUGUGAUGACAUUUUGGACUUCAUUACUUAUUA